AUGGGUCUCGCAGGUCCUAGAAAGCGAACCAAAAUAUCCCAUGAUCCAAACAACACCGCGUGGUCCCGUUCUACUACCAGCUAUGGCCACCGAAUUAUGAGUGCUCAGGGAUGGACGCCGGGCAGCUUUUUGGGUGUGAAAAAUGCCCCCCAUUCCUGUAGCUAUACGGGCGCAAGCGCCUCGCACAUCCGAAUUGUCCUCAAGGACGAUACCCUGGGGUUAGGCGCUUGCCCCCGAAACCCAAUUACAGAGACUCAAUCAACUGGGUUAGAUGCAUUUCAAGAUCUCCUGGGUCGGCUUAAUGGCAAAAGCGAGGCAGAUCUGGUGCGAGUACAGAAGUGUAGGGAGGAUAUCAAGCUACUCAGCUAUGUCGAGAGAAGGUGGAAGAGCAUGACUUUUGUACCUGGUGGGCUCCUGGUGCAGGACGAACCGCUCAAGGCUUUAGCAUCGCAGGAAGAAAAGGAAACUCGGGACUUUGAACGUUUAGUUUCGCCACCUAAGUUAUCACAGAAGGACCGCAAGAAGGGGAAGAGGAAAAGAAAAAUAGACUUGGAUAGGAUUUCUGCAGAUACAAUACCGAUUCUGGAAACAGCUGAUUUGGAAGAUAAACAGCGCUCCGUGUCUCACGUCGUUAACCCGGAAUCAAGUGAGGCUCAGUCAACCAAGACGAGGAAGAAGGGAAAGAAGGAAACAAAAUCUCAAAGGGGAAGGGAGGCGAAACCUAUCUCGGAAAACACGGUACCAAUAGGUUUAAAUAAGAGUGCAUCAAUCCCUAAUCCGGAAGGCUUGGCCAAUUUACACAUAAACCGUGACAGUCUUAUCAAGGUUAGAGAACACCGCCCACUGGGACGGCAGGUAAUUCGAGGCCGUUAUAUCCAACAGAAGAAAAUGGCACUGAUGAAUGCCAAAUCUUUGAAUGAGGUAUAA